GAGCGGCGGCCGGAGCGCGGAGCGGGGAAAGGCGGCCCCGCCAUGGUGGCCCCCGAGGGGCUGCGGGAGAUGGAGGGCAGCGCGCUGCGGCGCCUGGUGGGACGGGAGGAGGCGAGCGGCGGGCGCUGCCUGCUGCUGGACUGCCGGCCCUUCCUGGCGCACAGCGCCGGCCACAUCCGCGGGGCUCUCAACGUGCGCUGCAACACCAUCGUCAGGCGGCGGGCCAAGGGAGCCGUCAGCCUGGAGCAGAUCCUGCCGGCCGAGGGCGAGGUGCGGGCGCGGCUGCGCGCCGGGCUCUACACCGCCGUGGUGCUGUACGACGAGCGCAGCCCCCGCGCGGAGGCCCUGCGGGACGACAGCACCGUGGCCCUCGUGCUGCGCGCGCUCCGGCGCGACAUGGCGCGCGCCGACAUCCGGCUGCUGGCAGGAGGUUAUGAGCGUUUUGCCUCAGAGUAUCCCGAAUUCUGUGCUAAAACCAAGACCCUGAGCAGCAUUUCACCCCCCAGCAGUGCCGAGUCCCUGGAUUUGGGCUUCAGUUCAUGUGGGACCCCCCUUCAUGACCAGGGCGGCCCUGUGGAAAUCCUUCCCUUCCUCUACCUUGGCAGCGCCUACCACGCGGCCCGGCGGGACAUGCUGGAUGCACUGGGCAUCACAGCCCUGCUGAACGUCUCAUCCGACUGCCCCAACCACUUCGAGGGGCACUACCAGUACAAGUGCAUCCCUGUGGAAGACAACCACAAAGCCGACAUCAGCUCCUGGUUCAUGGAGGCGAUUGAGUACAUCGACUCAGUGAAAGAGUGCUGCGGCCGAGUCCUUGUCCACUGCCAGGCCGGCAUCUCCCGCUCGGCCACCAUCUGCCUGGCCUACCUGAUGAUGAAGAAGCGCGUCAAGCUGGAAGAGGCCUUCGAGUUCGUCAAGCAGCGCCGGAGCAUCAUCUCUCCUAACUUCAGCUUCAUGGGGCAGCUGCUGCAGUUCGAGUCGCAGGUCUUGGCCACCUCGUGCGCAGUGGAAGCUGCCAGCCCCUCAGGGACACUGCGGGAGCGGGGCAAGGCCACUUCUACCCCUACCUCCCAGUUUGUCUUCAGCUUCCCCGUCUCCGUCGGUGUCCACGCCACCCCCAGCAGCCUCCCAUACCUGCACAGCCCCAUCACCACGUCACCCAGCUGUUAGCUUGGGGCUAAGGCCAGCCAGGCAGGUAGCACAGAGGGGCACAGAGCCCCGGGAUGUUAAGCAAUAGUGCCGGACACUGCCAUUGACCCUGGACUCAAUGUCUUUUUCGUAGAGCAAUUUCUUACCUCAUCUCGUACCUUUUUUUUUUUUGCUUUUUAUGUUGUGAAAGCCACACACCUCGAUGUUGUCCAGGCUCUGUUUUGGGGGAGGAAAAAAAUAGUGUACUGGGUUUCCUGAAGUGCCUGGUCUGCAUCUCUUCCCAUCUCUACUUUAUCAUCUUGGUUUUUUAGGAAAAAAAAAAACAAAAAACAACACAACACCUCCCCUUCCAUCCUGUUUCUGCCCCCAGUUCAUUUGGGUGUUGACUUGGGUUGAAAAGGGAGCAUAAGCUAUUUCUGUUGCACAGCACUUUCCCCCUUUGCACAGAGGGACGCUGGGGUGUGCGGUAGGUGCUGCGUACCUGAGCCAGUCACAGCCAGCAGCAGCGCUGCAGCAGGGCUUCGGGGUGAUUGCAGGGAGCUCCAGGUCACCUGCUGUGCUGGCUCCUGGGGGACAGCGGCCUCUGGCUGGGAGGCAGCACGGAUGGAGAGAUGCAAUCCUAAGUGAUGCUUUUGUGCGUGUGCGUGUGUGUGUGUAUAUGUCACUGUGUCUCUAAGUCUCCCCUGUUCCCAUAAAACUUGUGCCAAACCUCCUGUAGUUUAACGAAGAGAAAGAAGGGGUGAGGGCAGCGAUACAGGCUGCUGAUUACUCUUGACCUGUUCUCCCUCCCUACCAUCCUAUAGCUGCUCUUCCCAAAGAAGCAGGGUAGGACAGGGCUGGACUGCGACGUGGAGAGAAGCAGCAGGGGAAGAAGAGGUGCAGAGGUGUUCUCCAUCUCACUUUCUGCACUCCAGGACUAGUGUGUGCCACUACCUGGGCUCUGCAGAGCAUUCACCCACCAGCGCUGGGCUGCAAGGUCCCACACACCCAGGCACCUGCACCGCAGCCUUAGGCUCAAGCCCAGAAAACGCCUCAUCUCCAAUCCCUGUGUAGCUUUAACCUCUCUCCAUCUUCCCAGCCCACACCAAUACAAAACGCCUGUGUGGCUGAUGUACAUAUGUAUGGUUUUGUUCCUUUUAUUUUUAUUUUUAGAAAUCAACUUUUUAUUUAUUGCCCGAGGGAGAAAAACCGUUUGGAGAAAAUAAUAAUAAAACACUUUUCAACA